AUGUAUCAUAAAAUUUUGUUACUAUUAUUUAUUAAAAUUGAUGCAUUUAUCCUUUUGUCUUGGAUAUUCCUUUUUAACCAUAAUAACUUGUUUAACAAAUCUUUGGGUAAGGAUAGCAAUUCUUGGGAAAAAUUGGAUAAAGCAAGUUGUAGAUUAUUGGCAAAAUAUAAUAAUGAUAAGGAUUCAAAUGUCUUAGUUUUAAAAGAUUUACCAUAUAAUGGAAAACAUGAAAAAAUGAUUAUAACUAAUAAUGAAAGAAGAAAUAAAAGAAAAAAUAAACAAUCAAUCAAAAGUUUAUUAAAUAAGGCACAAUACUAUACAGAAGUUAUAGAUUAUAAUAAUGGAAUGUUCGACGGAAAACAUUUUCAUUUUGAAAAAAAAUGGAUUAAAAAAAAAGAUUACGAUAAUUUUCUUAAAAGGAACAGGAGAAUUUGUAAUAUAUCUUUAAGAAAAAUAAGAUUUAGAAAGUAUGGUACUGGAGUUGCUAUGUUUGUUAUUUUUUCAUUGUUUGCAGCAGCAAUUGAUGUAUUACCAAGAUUAGAAUCUUUGAAUACUGCAUGGAAAUCGCUUAAAGGGGAUACUAAUAUAAUGAAAAUUUUGUAUGACUAUGUAAAUGGAUGGGGGCAGACAGUAAUGACCUCUAUUUAUUUAACAUUAUAUAGUGUACUUAUGCUUAUAUUGAUUAUUGUGCUUGUAAUUGGAAUUUGUAGAGUCUUAGGAAACAAUGAAAAAUAUAAUAAAAUUAAAUUGAUAUCUGAACAAAAUGCAUAUUAA